CUUUCGCGCGGAGAUACUCUGAUCGCGUCAGGUCAUCCAUCGUCUCCAUCGCCGUUUCUUCCUCUCGCAGAAAGGCUUGUUCAUCGUCAUAUUCACCCGGGCGACCAAUGCGAUCGAGCAUAAUGCGCCCGCGACGGGUAUAUUUGAAGAAAAAGAAGAUCGCAAGCACCACAAAUGCAAUCGCUGCCGAUCCAAAGGCGGGAGAGGAAUGGCGGUAUCAGCACAUAUCGUACGGGCACCCCAUCCCUACUCAGGAUAAGCCUCCUUCCCUCCUCCUUUUCUUCCCCUCUCCCUCGUGGCUCCUUGCGUGGCUGGGGCCUUUUGAACCAGAACCAAAGCGUGACCCCCCUCCUCUCGUGACUUGUCACUUGUCACUUUUCUCCAACACUUCUCCUUCGGCGAUCAGACGAUGCGUGCAAAGGCUCGCGGCACUCCCCGCGACGCCUCCUUGGCAAAGCAGGCCGAUGUCAUCAUCAACGCCGUCGACUCCAUUCAAAUCCGCCUUGCCAUAACUGGAACCUCUCACGAUAAAUAUCCUGCUAAACAACAUGCGCGCAACGUUGCCCGCAAGCUUGGGGUGUCGCAUGGCCUGAUUUUCAUCGCUGGUCAGCCCACGGUCAAUUGGCGCGAUUCCGACCAAUCGCGCCCGUUUCGUCAACGUCGUUACUUCUACUAUCUCAGUGGUGUCGACGAGCCCGACUGUGCUCUGACAUAUGAUAUUAGCUUGGAUAUUUUGACACUCUAUGUACCGGACUUUGAUCUCCAUCGGGCGAUCUGGAUGGGUCCGACUUUGUCGCGUGAGGAUGCUCAGGAUCGAUACGAUGUUGAUCGAGUGUUGUAUAAGUCGUCGCUCCAGCCGGAGCUGGUAACUUGGUUGAGUGAACGAGUGCAAAGUAGCUUGUUGUAUAUGGUCCAUGACUCGGAGACCCCCAAGGGAUUGCCGGCAGAGCUGCCACUGGAUGCCAAGCAGCUGAUGCCUGCCAUGGAUGCAGCGCGGGGUGUCAAAGAUGAGUAUGAGAUUCGCUUGAUUCGCCAGGCCAAUAAAGUGUCGGGUCUGGCUCACCGAAAAAUCCUCGAGAACAUCCAGAAGAUGACCAACGAGUCCCAAAUUGAAGGAUCGUUCCUGGAUACCUGCAUCUCCCACGGUGCGCCGAAUCAAGCGUACCAGAUUAUCGCCGCUUCGGGACCCAACGCGGCAGUUCUCCAUUACGAUCGAAACAACGAGUCUCUCAAGGACAAGCCUCUCGUAUGUCUCGAUGCCGGUGCGGAAUGGCAGUGCUAUGCUAGCGAUGUGACUCGAACCUUUCCCCUUUCGGGCGAAUGGCCCAGCAUAUACGCCCGCGACAUCUACCGCGUCGUCGAACGCAUGCAAGAGGAAUGUAUCAAGCGCAUCCGCCGAGGAACGCGCUUCCUGUCUCUGCACGACCUGGCCCACGAAAUCUCCAUCAUCGAACUCCUACACCUCGGUGUCUUCAAAGGUGGUAGUCUCUCCGAAAUCCGGGCCUCAGGCGCAUCCAAGGUUUUCUUCCCACACGGUCUAGGCCACCACGUCGGUCUGGAGGUUCACGAUGUAUCCGAGUCUUCCAUCAUGGCUCUGCAUCCCGACUUCGAUCACGAUCAAUAUGGCUCGGUUCUGAACCCGGCCGGCAGUCUUGCACCUUGCACGCUAUCUGCCCCAUUGUUGGAAGAGGGCAUGGUGGUCACCGUGGAACCGGGCAUCUAUUUCUCGCCGCUUGCUCUCGCAAAUGCGCGGAAACAACCUUUUGCAAAGUACAUCGACUUUGACGUUGCUGAAAAGUAUGUGCAUAUCGGUGGUGUUCGCAUUGAGGAUGAUAUUCUCGUUACUGCUACGGGCUAUGAGAACCUCACUACGGCUCCGAAGGGAGAGGAGGCGCUUGCCAUUAUCCGGGAGUCUACAUCUCAAUGUUGAUGCUAUAGUGAUAUCAAUCUAGUGUAAUGUAAAUAGAGCGCCUCGCGGGUAUCUCGGAGCUAUCAGUCUCGCGCCUCGAAGAGUAUUCUGAAAUAAGUCAUGUCCAGUAUUCAAACCCAAGGGGCACUACGCAUGUGCACAUGGAGGUGCCUGGGGCUAUUGCUCGACUACUUCAACCACCACGGCGCAGUGAGUGGUCAGUCUUUCUACUUCAAGGCUCUUCGAUCAGUGAAUGAAGGCUAGAUAUUGAUCAUACAGUAGAUAUCACUACUACGCUACAUGACUGACAUAUCUAUCCAUUGAUCUUUUCGUUUUCAUGAAUAUAAUUGAUACUAAAUCAAAAUUCAGCAUCUAACAACGGCUUAAUCACCG